AUGUCGGACACGUCCUCGGCCGACACACUGGGCCCGCCCUCCAUGUCGUCCCGGUCCGAGACUACGGCGUUGCUACCGAAGCCCCCAGCGGCCGAGUCGGAAGAACGCUACGCAGUCCGGCUGUGGCUGGCCGAAAUCCUCUUGCUGGCCAAAGCCGCUGUCCCGGUUAUCCUGGCGUACACGUUGCAGAACAGUCUGCAAACCAUCAGCGUUCUUAUUGUUGGCAGACUGAGCCCGGAAGCACUCGCCACCGCCGCCUUCAGCUACAUGUUCGCCAUGGCGACAGCCUGGCUUAUUGCCCUGGGUGGCACGACUGCUCUCGACACUCUUGCUUCGAGUAGCUUCACGGGAUCUUCGAACAAGCACGACUUGGGCAUUCUAUUGCAGAGAGGUAUCCUUGUCUUGUCGGCAUUUUAUGCCGUAGUGGCAGUGCUCUGGUGGUUUUCCGAACCGGUGUUCCGGGCGCUGGGCCAAGAAGAGUUCAUCUGCGUGCAAAGCUCGGCUUUUUUGCGAUGCUUGAUCCCGGGCGGGUUGGGGUACGUGUGGUUCGAGGCCAUGAAGAAGUAUUUGCAGGCGCAAGUCUUCGUCCGUGGCAAGGAAUGCUGGGGCGGCCUAGAGCUUCGGAAAGCCAUCAGAAAUAUUGGGCCGUUUUCCAAGCUUGCACUUCUUGGAGUCGUACAUGUUGGCACUGAGUGGUGGGCUUUUGAGAUUGUGGCCCUGGCUGCCGGGAGACUUGGCACUAUCCCGUUGGCGGCUCAGUCUGUCAUCAUGACGGCGGACCAAAUCAUCAACACGAUUCCCUUUGGUCUUGGGGUAGCAGCAUCGGCAAGACUAGGAAAUCUGCUGGGAGCUCAGCGGUCUCGGGACGCGGCGAUAGCAGCACACUCGGCUGCAAUCCUGUCCGUGAUACUCGGGAGCGUAGUCCUUACUGUGCUCAUGGCGACCAAAGAUGUGUUUGGCAAGAUCUUCAACGACGAUGAUCGAGUGGUGCGGCUCGUAGGUGAAGUGAUGCCGUACGUCGCACUCUUCCAGGUAGCAGACGGUCUGAACGGAUCGUGUGGUGGUGCCCUUCGAGGCAUGGGCCGUCAGUGGGUCGGGGCUGUGGUGAACCUCGUCAGCUACUACGGUGGAGCUCUCCCCGCCGGCAUCUACCUCGCCUUUCAUGGCUGGGGUCUCGCCGGCCUUUGGAUCGGACAAUGUGUUGCCUUGUAUCUGGUAGGGGCGUUGGAAUGGGUUAUUGUUGGGUUUAGUAAAUGGGAUAAGGAGUGCCAACGAGCCAUCGACCGACUGGACGACAGUAGCAGCGACGACGAAGUUGAAUCAGAGAGCACCGCCUCUGGCACGGUAUGA